GAAAUUCUCUCUCUCUCUCUUUGCGCACACGCGUACACACACACACACGCACAUUGUGCUCUCUCCCUGCCUGGUUAGGCUCUUCAACGAUUAACUCAAAAUCCGAAAGCUCUCCCAAGUUUGCCUUUCGAGCAGAAAUGUUUCGGGAAAAUUCAAGUUUCAUCGAGACUAUUUUGUACGAUAGUCCUGGAUGUAAGAUUCUGAAAAAUGGGAGUGAAGGAGCCAUUUACCACUUGGCCAAUGUCAUGUUUACACUGGGCUACAUGAGCGGCAGUGGGUUCUUUGGUCUCGUUUAUCUGUUCAGUCUUUUGGGCGUUGGGUUUUUCAUUCAGUCUCUUUGGGGCUGGGUCGAUGCCUGCGGGGUGGAUAUUUUUAUGUGGAGCCUGUUACUUUUUGUGUUCUGCUUGGUCCAACUGGCGCACAUUGGUUACCGGCUGAGGAAGGUGAAUUUCGAGGAAGACUUCACGAAUCUUUACAAAGCCAUGUUCCAGCCGCUCGAUGUGCCGCUCGGUGUCUACAAGGAGAUCGUGAACUGCUGCGAUGCCGAGGUGACGAGUCUCUCCCGUGAGCAGAACUACGCGGUGGAAGGCAAAACCGCAAUUGACCGCUUGUCCCUGCUGCUCUCAGGCAGGUCAGUGGCAGCAAGUGCUCGGAACCGGACAGUUAGCAACAUAUACACGGGGGGGGGGGGGGGGUUGGUGUGCUCAUUUGUUUGGUGGGAUGUAACUGACACCAACACUUCGAGAAUCGCCUUUAAUAGCAUGUUGUGUUGCAAUGUAAUCAGUUUUGUCAAAUACUCCAGUUAAACCACUCUCAGUUAC